CAGACGCGCAGGCUCAGCGGCCAUGGCUCACGCGCCCAGCUUCUUCGCGGCAUGUGGGAUCUUCGCGGACCGGGGCACGAACCUGUGUCCCCUAGCAUUGGCCGGCGGACUCUCAACCACUGCGCCACCAGGGAAGCCCUGUUUUCAACUCUGACUUGCAGCUGUCGCAUACGGAAAUUCUAUAGCCACUCCAGUUUGAGGACCCCACCCAAGAAUCUAGAGACAAGCGGCGCAGGGCCAGCUCUCUACCCCAGGCCUAACGGACCACUCUGGGAGGAGCCUAAUGGGUCCCGCCACUGCGGCCUAGAAUGCCAACAAGUAGGGUAGGAGAGGCUGGAGAUGGGGGCGGGACGGCGCGUCUGCCUGACCGCUGAUUGGCUGAGGGCACUCGUUGCCUGGCGCCAUUUGUUGUUGGAGGGGCGCGCCUGACGCAGCCUGCGUCCUGCACGUGCAGCCGUUUACGCGGCGUCAGCGCCUGCGAGAACUCUGGGAGAGCAAGCAGCGGAGAGAACUGGAAGCCACCAUGGGAGAUGAAGAUUGGGAAGCAGAAAUAAUCAAACCUCGUAUGUCUUCCUAUGUUCCUGUAUUUGAGAAGGAUAGGUAUUCUUCUGGAGCAAAUGGAGACACUUUUAACAGGACUCUGGCUUCAUUGUCAGAAAUGGAUGAUGGAUCUUCUCGAAGAGAUCAUUUCAUGAGAAGCAGAUUUGCUGCUGGGAGGAGUUUGGGAAACAGGGAUCCUGGCGAGUCUAAUACAAGAGAGAAUACAUCCACAGUGGGUGGCUUUAGAGUUGGAAGGAGUUUUGGAAACAGAGGUUUUUCAAAUAACAAGUUUGAAGAAGGUGAUAGCUCUGGUUUCUGGAGAGAGUCUAAUAAUGACCGUGAAGAUAAUCAAACACGGAACAGAGGGUUUUCCAAGAGAGGCGGCUGUCAAGAUGGAAAUGAUUCAGAAGCUUCAGGGUCAUCCAGAAGAGGUGGAAGAGAUAGCAAAUAUGAACAAGAUGAGGGGACCCAGUGCACUGGUGGCAUUUUUGGCUCUAGAAGAUCAGCAUUAACUGGUGUAGGUAAGGGUGACACUUAUCAAAGCAGAAGUGGUAGUGGAAGUGGACGAGGUGGUUACAAAGGUUUAAAUGAAGAAGUAAUUACAGGCUCUGGAAAGAAUUCUUGGAAGUCAGAAGCUAAAGGAGGAGAAAGUGGUGACACUCAAGGACCAAAAGUGACCUACAUACCACCUCCUCCACCUGAGGAUGAGAACUCCAUCUUUGCACAUUAUCAGACAGGCAUAAACUUUGACAAAUAUGAUGCUAUUCUUGUAGAAGUAUCUGGACAUGAUGUACCACCAGCAAUUCUGACUUUUGAAGAAGCUAAUCUUUGUCAGACACUGAAUAGCAACAUUGCUAAAGCUGGUUAUACUAAGCUUACUCCUGUGCAAAAAUACAGUAUUCCUAUUAUACUAGGAGGAAGAGAUUUGAUGGCUUGUGCUCAGACAGGGUCUGGAAAGACUGCAGCUUUUCUCUUGCCAAUUUUGGCUCAUAUGAUGCGUGAUGGAGUAACUGCCAGUCGUUUUAAAGAGCUGCAGGAACCAGAGUGUAUUAUUGUCGCACCAACCCGAGAAUUGAUCAGUCAGAUCUAUUUGGAAGCCAGAAAAUUUUCUUUUGGGACUUGUGUAAGAGCUGUUGCUAUAUAUGGGGGAACCCAGUUGGGGCAUUCCAUUCGACAAAUAGUACAAGGCUGUAAUAUAUUAUGUGCUACUCCUGGGAGACUGAUGGAUAUCAUACGUAAAGAAAAGAUUGGUCUCAGACAAGUCAAAUAUAUAGUUUUGGAUGAAGCUGAUCGCAUGCUGGAUAUGGGUUUUGGACCAGAAAUGAAGAAGUUAAUUUCCUGCCCAGGAAUGCCAUCAAAGGAACAGCGUCAGACCCUUAUGUUUAGCGCAACUUUUCCAGAAGAAAUUCAAAGGUUGGCUGGGGAGUUUUUAAAGUCGAAUUAUUUGUUUGUUGCUGUUGGACAAGUGGGUGGAGCAUGUAGAGAUGUUCAGCAGACCAUUCUCCAAGUUGGCCAGUACUCAAAAAGAGAAAAACUUGUCGAAAUUCUACGAAACAUAGGAGAUGAAAGAACUAUGGUCUUUGUUGAAACGAAGAAAAAAGCAGAUUUUAUUGCCACUUUUCUUUGUCAAGAAAAAAUAUCAACAACAAGUAUUCAUGGUGAUCGAGAACAGAGAGAGAGAGAACAAGCCCUUGGAGAUUUCCGCUGUGGAAAGUGCCUAGCUCUUGUUGCUACUUCAGUAGCUGCCCGAGGGCUGGAUAUUGAAAAUGUUCAGCAUGUUAUCAAUUUUGAUCUCCCUUCUACCAUUGAUGAAUAUGUUCAUCGAAUUGGGCGUACUGGUCGUUGUGGAAAUACUGGCAGAGCUAUUUCCUUUUUUGAUCCUGAAUCUGAUGGCCAUUUAGCACAGCCUCUAGUGAAAGUACUGUCAGAUGCUCAACAGGAUGUUCCUGCAUGGUUGGAAGAAAUUGCCUUUAGUAUAUAUGUUACUAGCUUCAGUGGUAGUACAAGAGGAAAUAUGUUUGUAUCAAUUGAUACUAGAAAGAAUUACCAGGGCAAGAGCUCUUUGAACACAGCACGGUUUUCUUCUUCACAAGCUCCUAAUCCAGUAGAUGAUGAGUCAUGGGAUUAAAGCUAAAACAACCUUCAAGUUUGUGGUACAGUUUUGAUGCGGAGAUGAAAAUAGUUUUGAUUUUUGAUUUUUUUAAUAGAAGUAUGAAACCUGACACUCUUGUUUCUCUUGUCUUCUGUUCUUACUCCCACCCUUAAAAAGACAUCCUUGCUGACUAGUUAUGUGAAAUGCUGAAAGUUACAACGUUGCAGUUACUGAUACAAAUGGUGUUAACUGGAAAGAUUAAAGCAUUCUAAAUGUCUUGCUUAUUUUUAUUGUAUUCUUCAGGGGUUUUAGACAUAUUUUAUGUCUAAAUGCCAUGUCUUAGUAUAGUGUUUAUUGAUCCUAUAACAAACAGGACAAACGAUACACUUUUGGUUAAAAAUUAUUGGGUCCUAUUUUUACUUAAAAGGAGCCUUUAAACAGUAGUGAGUCACUGAAAUAUAAUGACAUGAUUUUCAUGACAAAUAGACAAGCUUUUAAAAGUAAUUUUGAUUUUAUAUCAUCAGAUAUGUGAUGAACAUAGUUAAAUGUUUGCAAUGUGAGCUCUGUACUCAAUGAUACAACUGUUUGUAGUUAUACUAUAUAGACAUUCCUUGAAAAUAAAGGAUGAAACUCUUUUCCCCCUAA